GAGAGAAAUUUCCGCUUCCUGCACCGAUAAACACCAGCGGCGAGCACACACCGAGCUGACGCCAACUUAAGCACGGGGAGAGACUGGGAGAGACGCGGGGAUUUGCCGCCUGCCGUCAGGUACAAACCGCGAAGACUGCGAUGUUUUCACUAUCAGGCGGAGAUUAGCACUUUACGUUUGCGCUGAGCACUCGAGCGCUGUACUCGUUUGCACCAUCCGGAGCCUGAAAAAAUAAGGCAAAGCACAGGGGAGACGGACCCAGAGCGCCGAAAGAAGGACACACACGUACGGAGAAGAUAAACUACUACGGGUAUUCCCCACUAUUAGCUCCGUCUGAAAGCCCGUUUUCAGCCUCCAGGAUGUCGGAGCGAGGAGGGCUCCCGCGGACUGGGGGCGUCCCUUCGCCGCACAUGCAGCCCUCCAAGCCGGUCAGCAUCACCUCCAACCGGCCGGUCCACAUGAACCUGUACGCUACCUGGGAGGUGGACCGCUCCUCGCCUAGCUGUGUGCCGAGGCUUUUCAAUCUGACCCUGAAGAAGCUGAUCAUGCUGAAGGAGCUGGAUAAGGACCUCACCUCAGUUGUCAUCGCAGUCAAACUGCAGGGCUCCAAGCGGAUCCUGCGCUCCAAUGAGAUCUUGCUGUCCUCAGCGGGACUGACGGAGACCGAUCUGCAGCUCACCUUCUCCCUGCAGUACCCGCACUUCUUAAAGAGGGAUGCCAACAAGCUUCAGAUCAUGCUGCAGAGGCGCAAGCGAUACAAGAACAGGACCAUCCUGGGCUACAAGACCCUGGCCCUGGGGCUAAUCAACAUGGCCGAGGUGAUGCAGCACCCCAGCGAGGGUGCUCAGGUCCUGGGGCUCCACAGCCAGCUGAAAGAUGCCUCAGUGCCCGUCGCUGAGAUCAGAGUCUACUCCCUGUCGAGUCAGCCCAUCGAUCACGAGGGACCUAAAGCGAAGAUGUCUGAUCGUUCCCCAGACAUCGACAACUACUCUGAAGAAGAGGAGGAGAGCUACUCGUCAGAACAGGAAGGCAGCGAUGACCCUAUUCACGGACAGUAUCUGUUUGAGGAAGAAGAGGAGGUGAGGAAGAAGAAGCCCAGGCGUAAGCUGCCUUCCAACGCUGCUAUCACCAGGCAACCCAACAUCAAGCAGAAGUUUGUCGCCUUGCUGAAAAGGUUUAAAGUCACUGAUGAGGUUGGUUUUGGCUUGGAGCACGUGUCGAGGGAGCAGAUCCAGGAGGUGGAGGAGGACCUGGACGAGCUGUAUGACAGCCUGGAGAUGUACAAUCCCAGCGACAGCGGGCCGGAGCUGGACGAGACCGACAGCAUCCUCAGCACACCCAAACCUAAGCUGAGGCCGUUCUUUGAGGGAAUGUCUCAGUCGAGCUCUCAGACGGAGAUCGGCAGCCUGAACAGCAAAGGCAGUUUGGGCAGAGACACUUUCAGUCCGCAGGGGGAGCAGCCUCCUCUAGAGAAGAUGAAGCCCUCCCGCAGUCGCAACCUUGAUGACAUCCUGUCUGAGACGGACACACUGGAGCUAACCGACCAGGAGCUGUUUGCUGAGAUUGGCCCGUGCAUCACAGUGUCAGUGGCAGAAAAACCUCGUACACCCAUUAAGAGCAGCAAAAGUGAAGCUCAGCCCAUGCCAUCACCGAGGUUGGAUGGAGGCCAUACACCAAGGCAGAAGCGCAUCAGCACUCCAAUGAAGGAGAGACAGCUGUCCAAACCUCUCAGUGAGCGCACCAACAGCUCAGACUCUGAGAGAUCCCCGGAGCUGGGACACAGCACGCCGGUUCUGAGGAAAGCGGUGUACGAUCAGCUUAACCAGAUUUUGUUGUCGGACUCGGCGCUCCCAGAGAGCCUCAUUUUGGUCAACGGCACCGACUGGCAGGGGCAGUAUGUUGCAGAGCAGCUCCAGGUACAGAGACAUCCGGUGGUCUGCACGUGCUCGGCAGCUGAAAUCCAGGCAGUGCUGUCUGCCGUGCUCACUCGCAUCCAGAAAUUCUGCAACUGUAACUCGUCCAUGCCCAGAGCGGUGAAGGUGGUGGCGGUGGGCAGCCAGAGCUACCUGGGAGCCAUCCUGCAGUUCUUCGUCACCCAGCUCGCCAACAAGACGUCUGACUGGCUGAACCACAUGCGCUUCCUGGUGGUGCCGCUGGGCUCUCAUCCUGUGGCUAAGCACCUCGGCGCCCUCGACAAUCGCUACAGCUCCUCCUUCCUGGACGUGGCAUGGAGGGACAUGUUCAGCCGCUCAGAGCCACCUCAGACAGAUCAGUUGGAUGUGGCAGGAAGAAUUUCCCAAUACAUCAGCGGAGCUACGAUCACACACCAGCUUCCCAUCGCCGAGGCCAUGCUCACCUGCAAACACAGAACGCGAGAUGAAGACUCCUACCAGAAGUUCAUUCCUUUUAUCGGGGUGGUGAAGGUUGGUCUGAUCGAGUCAGGUCAGUCUCCAACAGGAGAUACAGAGGAGGGCAUAGCAGUGAGCCUGGCUGUCCCCUCCACAUCGCCCCCCUCCCACGGCUCACCCACUGGGAUGAUCAAAGAGGCAGCCACGCCUCCGUCCUCGCCCUCCAUGGGCAGCGUCCUUACUGUUCAAGGGAGCCCCAGCAUGUCUCACGGGGUGGAUGCCAUCGGCCUGCAGGUGGAUUAUUGGCUGGCCUCUCUGGCGGAGAAGCGGCGGGAGGGAGAGCGACGUGACACGGGCUGCAAGAACACACUGAAGAGCGCCUUCCGCUCACUGCAGGUCAGCAGGCUACCAGGUGGGGGCAGCAGCGAUCCACAGGCCCAGGUCAGCACCAUGGCCAUGACUGUGGUCACCAAGGAGAAGAACAAAAAAGUUCCCACCAUCUUCUUGGGAAAGAAGCCCAAAGAGAAGGACGUAGACUCCAAGAGCCAGGUCAUUGAAGGCAUCAGCCGACUCAUCUGCUCAGCCAAGCAGCAGCAGACCAUCCUGAAAGUGUCCAUAGACGGUGUCGAGUGGAACGACGUUAAGUUCUUCCAGCUGGCCGCCCAGUGGCCCACUCACGUCAAAUACCUACCUGUUGGACUUUUCGGCUACACCAAGCCUCCUUCUUAGGGCCGAGCGCGCCUCGAUUCCCUGGACCCCCCCCCCCCCCACGAUUUGACCUUCAGCUCCCCUCCAUCCUGUCUCUGCACACAGACCCCUCGUCUCAGCCACCUGCAGAGCUGAGGGAAGACAUAAAGCAGCUGCACUCCUUUCUUCAGUGUCAUUUUGGCUUCAGUUGUCUUAUUUGUCUUUAGGGAGAGGAGGAGGAGGGUGGGGGUAGUGUUGGGGGUACAGUGCUGUUACUAGUCACUUUAUUAAUGCCCCUUUCUGUGUGUGUUGGUGUGUUCUGUGAGUGUGCAUGUACACAUGAAUGUACAGUAUGUUUGUGUGUGUGUGUGUGUGUGUGUUUACAAGGGGACUACAGCACAAGUUUAUUAGCUAACUGCCAUUUAUGUUUCCGUUCUAUGGAAUGCAGCAGCAUGCAACGACUCACCAGUUUCAAGCCCUAAAAGUCCGACCCCUCAAAAGUUCCACUCACCGCAGAAGACCCCGAUCCACACGUGCAUGCUCUAAACUAACAGAUACAACCACUCGUGUGCCAGAAACAGUAACUCAAAUUAAUACAACAGGGCUUCAGUGUUUGCAUGAGUCAGCAAGGACAUGCAUUCAGAUAACAAGGCUGGUGUUUAAUGGGUUUUCUCUGUAUCAACAGAAAAAAAAAGCCCUUCAUAAAGUUCUGUACAUUUAUCUUUUCAUUUCAAGGGCUUCCAUAUUAUAUAUAUAUUUCCUCUGUAAGUGAUUUGGAUGUCUAAUGGCAAAUAUUUCCUUUCAAAAAGAAAAAAAGGAGAAAAAAAUCCCUGUAAAUGGCAAGUGUCCUUUUUUUUAAAAAAAAAAAAAACGUGCAGUAGUGAGAAAUAUCCGACCCUCCCCCUGCAAAGCUGUUUCGUGAUGCAUAGUGUAUGUUACUGUGAAGAUUUCAGGGCAGGGGCUACCGUAGUGUGCAUUUUUUUUAAUCAUUAUUUGCUAUGCACUUACCGUAUAAAUACACGUGGAUCAUUUGGGUGUUUGCAGCUGGUUAAAAAAAAUACAGUUUAACGCUCUUUGACAGCAGACCCAAAUACAUAUGCAACAGAAAGCAACAAAAUGCAUGUUUAAACAGUCUGAAACUCUGCAGCACUCACGGAAACGUAACGGGAAACGCUUUUGUUUUUGUUUUUUUGUUUCUUUCCUUUUUAGUAUUCAUGCUGUAAAAACGGGAGUUAAUUACUCGCAGUGAAGCACAACGUUGUUGCCAGUUGUUCCCAAAAAUGUCCUCACUUCAUUGGCAGACUGGCAGCUUUGUUUGCAGUGGAAACAGCAGACCGGGUCCAAAUGUAAAAUCUGAGUGUUCCCAUUUUCCUUAAACUCCUCACGGACCCUGUUCUUAAGAAAAAAAAUUUAAAAAAAAGGGGGGGAGACGUGUUUUGUUUUGGCGCAGGUCUCUCCGCUACACGCUUUCUCUAGGAUGUCGUGAGGUGAUUAGUGAGUGUACAGUAACUGGUAACGUGUGUGUGCCUGUGUGUGUGUGCGUGGUGAAAUAAAUGUAAUGUGGUCAGAAACUUUAAAGAAAAAAAAAUCACUUAAGAAGAGAAAUAGCUUUUUUUUUUUU